AUGGCGUCAUACAUAUUUAUUUUCAUAGCUACUUUGCUACCCUCAUUUGCUGCUUCACAGCAAGAUUCUAUACCAGGACACCUCGCAUACGUUGAGUGGAACAUGCCUAAUGUGCCCGCCCAUGGUUUGAGAGACAUCACAUUUCCUAUAUCAGUGAAAGAUGCUAUCCACGAAGAAGGCUGGUACUUUGCACAGGAUUUUCAAUUUAUUGGUACUUCUGAUGUCGGGUACACAGGAUUGCAGCCACGUCCGGAUGUAGGAUCUGAAACCUUUAUCCACGCUGUGUUUUCGAGCUUUGUCAAUGGCACCAUCUCCCAGGACGCCAACUGCCAUGAUGGGGCUGAUGGUGGCCCUGGUGUUAGCUGCGCUGUCGAUUUACCCGGCAACUACUCAAACAUGUAUCACCUCCGAGUUCAAAAUACGCGAGACACAACUUGGAAUGGCACGUUGAUCGAUACUGUUACUGGCGUCGAGACACACAUCGGGUCAUAUACACUACCAAAAGGCUCACUGGGUGUUCAGGGGAACCAGGUUGGGUUUGUUGAGUGGUGGCCUUUCAAUAAUGGGUUGCCUGCGACCUGUGACUCGCUUAGUCAAACUUCAGUGGUUUUUGGAGUACCCACAACUUCAACCAAAGGUGUCGGGCCUGGAGAAUUGAAGAACGCAUACGAGGUGUAUGAUUGUGCGGGCAAGCAAGACUUUAAGUCACAGAGGCUGUCGGAUGGCGUUGAGGUCAAAGUUGGGUUUAAAAAGAGUCAGCCUUUAUCAGAAACAAUUUUCACCGUACCCUGGACCGUAUCCAACGUGUCGACAGCUGGCCUUUCGGAACUUUCAUUCCCUAUUACAGUUAAGAAAACUGACAGUGAUGGAAUGUAUAAAUUGUCGCAAUCAUUUAAUUUUGGCAAUCUUUCUUACGGCGGGUCCCUGGUGUUCCAACCUUCCUCAUUCAAUGGAAGAUCCAACUUUGACUAUCUCCACGCAGAGUUCCAUAGUUUUGUUAUUGGUACUACGACAAAUGACAAAAAUUGCAGGCCUUACAAUCAUGGGUUAUUGACUCGCUGCUCUGUUCUUUUCAGGGGGAAUUCUUCUCACCCCUACCACUUGACAGUCCACAAUAGUGGAGGUACAACUUGGGUCGGCACUGUGACUGACAUUACCUCUGGCAGAAAGAUUCAUAUUGGGUCUUACAAACUCCCUCCAGGAGGGGGUGGUAUUACCGGUUUCCAAAAUGGCUCAAUGGCCAAUAUGUCGGUCGUCUUUGGGAAGCCCAUUACAUCGGUUGAUUCGGCUGUUUCAUCAGACCUUGGAGAUGUACAAAGCUCCAGUGAUUGCGCUCAAUACGGCAGCAGAAAGGACAUCGAUGGAGUAGAGGUAUACAUCCAUUCCGGGAAUAUUAGUGAUGAAGGAAAAAACCAGGACACACCCCAAGAAAGCCCCAGCCCUGUUCAGCCAGCCCAGGCUGCGGCAUAA